UUGCAUGUGGAUGCAAGUUGUUUCGGUCACGCUUCUGUUUAAGUUUGACACCGGUGCUUUCAGCACCUGUCCACGUACGCAAUUUAAUUUUUCUCCGUCACAUUUUUCGGCAAAACGUAGGAAGUACUCGUAGGACUCUUCCCGAAAAUUGGGGCAAAAAUCGAUUAAAGAAAUAUAAAAUAAAUUUCAUAAGAAAGAUGGAAGAUCCUAAAGUACAAGAAGUACUUCAACCUUUGCGUACGGCUGUCAAAGAACAGGGAGAUUUUGUGCGCUCUUUAAAAGAAACUGGAGCACCUGAGUUAGAUAUAAAAAAGGCAGUUAAUGAGUUGAAAUCAAGAAAAAAAAUUUUAGAAGCAAAGGAAUUGGAGCUUGCGCCUCCUGAAGUGGGUUUUGACCGAGCCCGCAUGGAAGAUUUACUAAAGAGACGCUUCUAUGUUGAUCAGUCAUUUGCAAUUUAUGGCGGUGUUACUGGACAGUUUGAUUUUGGCCCAGUGGGAUGUGGAAUAAAAAAUAAUAUUCUAAGUCUUUGGAGAUCUCAUUUUAUUUUAGAAGAACAAAUGCUAGAAGUUGAUUGCACAAUUCUAACACCAGAGAAUGUUUUAAAAGCUUCUGGACAUGUUGACCGAUUUGCAGACCUGAUGGUUAAAGAUCUGAAAAAUGGAGAAUGCUUCAGACUAGAUCAUUUAAUAAAAGCUCAUUUGGAAAAGUUGAUGACAGACAAAAAUAUAACUCCUGAGCAGUAUGCAGAAUAUGAAGACAUCAUUGUAAAGUUGGAUGGAUGUUCCAAAGAAGAAAUGAAUGCUUUGCUGAGAAGGUUUGAUGUGAAAUCUCCAAAUACCGGAAAUGAUUUAUCGGAUGCUAUGGAAUUUAAUCUCAUGUUUAGUACCUCAAUAGGUCCUACUGGAAAUCUUAAAGGGUAUUUGCGUCCUGAGACAGCUCAAGGUAUUUUUGUAAAUUUCAAGCGUCUUUUGCAGUUCAAUCAAGGAAGGCUUCCUUUUGCUGCUGCGCAAAUUGGAAAUUCUUUUAGAAAUGAAAUUUCUCCUCGAACCGGUCUCAUAAGAGUCAGAGAGUUUACGAUGGCCGAAAUAGAGCAUUUUGUAGAUGCAAGGCAUAAGGAACAUCCAAAAUUCAUUAAAGUGAAAGAUUUGAAGUUAAUGUUGUAUUCUGCAUGCAAUCAAAUGGAUGGAGUACCUGCUGUUUUAACAACAAUAGGAGAUGCUGUUGAAAAAGGUAUUGUUGCUAAUGAAACAUUAGGCUAUUUUAUGGCAAGAAUAUAUCAGUUCUUAAUAGCAGUAGGCAUUAAUUCAGAGAAACUGAGAUUUCGGCAACACAUGUCCAAUGAAAUGGCUCAUUAUGCAACUGAUUGUUGGGAUGCCGAAAUCAAAACAUCUUAUGGCUGGAUUGAGUGUGUUGGCUGUGCUGACAGAUCUUGUUAUGAUCUAACCCAGCAUACAAAAGCAACUGGAGUUAAACUUAAUGCAGAAGCUACUCUUAAAGAACCCAAGACUGUGCAGGUUACAGAGCUUCAACCUCAAAUGGCUGUGAUAGGAAAAGCUUUUAAAAAGGAUUCCAAAGAUAUUGCCAAAGUAUUAAAAGAGUUGAAUGAAGAUGAAAUUUCUAAUGUGGAAAAAGAGUUAGAAUCUCAGAAUGGAUAUAAACUUAAUGUUGACGGCAAAGAGUUCAAUAUAACCAAAGAUAUGGUUAUAAUAAGUCGAGGACAAAAAACUGUACAUGUUGAAGAAGUCAUUCCAGCUGUUAUUGAACCCUCAUUUGGUAUUGGACGUAUUAUGUAUGCCAUAUGGGAGCAUAAUUUCAGAACAAGGCCCGGAGAUGAAAUGCGAACAUAUUUUGCCUUACCUGCUGUUGUUGCUCCAUACAAGUGCAGCGUUCUUCCCCUUAGUGGUCAUCCUGAUUUUGCUCCAUUUGUUACCACAUUAUCGGAAGAAUUAACCAAUCAUGGUGUUUUGUGUCGUGUUGAUGACAGCAGUGGAUCUAUUGGUCGCAGGUAUACAAGAACUGAUGAAAUUGCAAUUCCUUUUGGAAUUACGAUAGACUUUGAUUCUUUGAAAGAACCUCACUCAGUCACUUUGAGAGAACGUGAUACAAUGGAGCAAAUACGAGUGCCUUUGGACCAAGUUGCACCCCUUGUUCGAGAUCUAGCAUUUGGAAAAAGAACUUGGGAUGGUGCAAAGUGUUGCUAUCCAAAGUUUGAACAACAAGAAGCUGCUAAAUCUGGAUAGUUCCUAAAAAUACUGAAUGGAUUAAUUAUUAAUAAAAUGUUUUUACAAUACA